CUUUUGAUUUUGACAGAUUUAUAGAACUCUUUUUAAUUUCAGCAACGCCAUCUUGUACAUCUUUCUGUACGAUUAUUUGAUGAAAACCAAGUAAUAAAGAUGGGUCACGCAAACAUUUGGUACUCGCAUCCUCGUAGAUACGGACAGGGAUCGCGUUCAUGCCGAGCCUGCUCCAAUCGUCAUGGUCUUAUUCGUAAAUAUGGUCUGAACAUCUGCAGACAGUGCUUCAGAGAAUACGCACACGAUAUUGGAUUCAAAAAGCUGGACUAAUGUUGGGGUUUUAUUAUUAGGUUAAUAAAAAUUUAAAACCA